CAAGGGCAUCGCUACUAGUAACAAGGUUUAGGAGUCUUUUUGAUCGUUUUGGAGUCACACCUUCGGUCAGGACGCAGAGGGUGUUCUCAAUUUUGCCGGGCAUGAAGACAAUGGCCGUGGAGCUGCAAGGUGGAUUAAGAAUACAGAGGCGGUUGCAAUGGGCGCGUUGAACAAGUAUGAGACCGGACAGCACAAGAUCUUCUCGGAUUUCGCGGAGAAGUUGAAGGACACCACAGACUACAUGAACAAGCGCAUGGGGAGCACUGGAAUAUCAAUGGGCUCCACUGGGGUCAGCUUUGCAGCGCCAGACACCACAGUCUUCUUGCAACCUGAGGAAAGAGAUAUGCUGCAAAGUCUGGAGAUGCAAAAGAAACAAAAAGAGAAAACGGUUUGGGAGCUCAAAAAACAGCUUGAUGAAUUGAUUGCGACGCGGAAGAACAUGGAUGAGGUGGCACCAGUGUCCAGUGGCAACACGGAGGCCAAGAUGGGCACUGAUCAGCGCUCGCGACAUGCCGAGAGCUUAGAUGAGAUGGAUGAGGCCUUGACCUCCUUGGAGGAAGAGUGCCUGGGUGCGAAGAAAGCCGCGGAGGCUGCUGGAUCACAGCUGGCCAGGAUGGUGGAGUUCAUGGCCACGGGGCAGAAGAACUUGCGAAAACUCUUCGGAGAUCUCAAGAUCACGGAACGGAAGCAAGAAGAGGCACGUCAAAGACUGCAAGAUCUGGUUUUGCCAGAAAGCCGGCAGCUGGUCUACGAGAUGGUGCGGACCUCCCAGCAACUUGAGCAGUGGAGCUCCUGGAUACCACCAUUUUACCAGUUCAAAGCAGCUCCUCUGCAGUGCCUGCAAGCAGCGAGU